ACCCGACGAAAGCAUCGCGGUUCUUAGAGAAGGCGUGAAAUCUUUUUCUCCCUGACGUGUACGAUCGUGAUUCAACAAUUAACUCCGUCCUUCUUCUUCUUCCUCUUGCGAUUCACUCAACCUCUCCGCCCAAUUUGGCCAUGUCCGCAUCGCCGUGGAAUUCAUAGACUCACUCUCUGCUCUCCAAUUCCACUAAGCAAUUCUUCUACAAAUGGCUGAAACUCCAAACGCCUCAACGUCCUCACCAAAACCCUCUACCAUGGACCCUCAAUCCCAGCCUUCCCAAAAUCCAAACCCAAACCCAAACCCAAUCCCUAAUUCAAAUCCCAACCCUUCAAUGUCAGCGCAAUCGCCUUCGAUCUCAAACUUCUCUCAACAACAAUCCCCUUCAAUUCACAAUAUCUCUUCCCCUUCUCUCCCCCCUCUCCCCCAAGACCCUCAGCAAUCACAUCAGGGGAUGACCAUGAACCCUAUGUCCCAAUUCCAACUCCAGCAGACCCUCCAGCGGUCCCCUUCGAUGACACGGGUCAAUCAAAUGCAGUCUCAGCAGCAGCAGCAGCAGCUUGGCGUUAUGCGGCAGCAGGCUGGGUUGUACGGCGGCCAAAUGAAUUUCGGCGGUUCUGCUUCGGCGGCAGGUCAGCUGCAGAAUCAGCAGCAGCAGCAGCAACAACAGCAGUUGGGAGGGUCGAGUCUUUCGCGCUCGGCUCUGAUGGGGCAGAGUGGGCACUUCCCUAUGUUGUCUAGUGCUGGAGCAGCGCAGUUUAACUUGUUGUCCUCGCCAAGGCAGAAGGGUGGGCUAGUCCAGGGAUCACAAUUCUCAUCAGCUAAUUCUGCUGGACAGCCACAUCAAGGAAUGCAAGCAAUGGGGAUGAUGGGGACGCCAAAUCUCAGCUCGCAACUAAGAGCUGCUAAUGGAGCCAUGGCAUAUGCUCAGCAAUUGCGAAUAAGUCAAAGCCAGAUGAGGCAGAAUUCACUUACCUCUCAGCAGGUUCAAGGCUUACCAAGACCGUCGUCAUCGUUGGCCUUUAUGAAUUCCCCGUUAUCUGGCUUGUCUCAGAAUGGACAGCCUGCAAUGAUUAAUUCUUUAACACAGCAACAGUGGUUUAAGCAAAUGCCUGCAAUGUCAGGUCCUGGUUCACCAUUGCGUCUUCAACAGCAGAGGCAGCAACAACUGGCUUCACCUGCGGCUCAACUGCAACAAAGUAUGACCUUGAAUCCACAUCAAUUGUCCCAGUUAAUGCAGCAACAAAAACCAAUGGGGCAGCCUCAGCUGCAGCAACUGCAACAGCAGCAGCAGCAGCAGCAGCCACCCCAGCAGCAGCAACAGCAACAACUUCUACAGCAGCAGCAGCAACAACCGUCUCAACUUCAAGCAUCUGUUCAUCAUCAUCAGCAGCAGCAGUCUCCAAGGAUGUCAGGACCCAUGGGCCAAAAGUCACUUAGUCUUACAGGAUCACAGCCAGAUGCUACUGCAUCUGGCGCAACUACCCCAGGGGGAAGCUCAAGCCAAGGAACUGAAGCGACAAACCAACUCCUUGGAAAAAGAAAGAUACAGGAGUUAGUUGCACAGGUUGAUCCACAGUGUAAGCUGGACCCUGAAGUUAUAGACCUUUUUUUAGAGCUUGCUGAUGACUUCAUUGAUGCAGCGACAACACAUGGUUGCAUGUUGGCAAAACACAGAAAGUCAUCCACUUUGGAGUCCAAGGAUUUAUUGCUACACCUAGAGAAAAAUUGGGAUUUGAAGAUACCAGGAUAUUCAAGUGAAGAUAAAAAGAAUCAAGGCAAACCUCUACAAAAUGACCUACACAAGAGGCGCUUGGAUAUGAUUCGUUCAUUGAUGGAAUCAUCACAUGCCGAACCAAGUAUGAACAAUUCUAAAGACAUAAGUAGACAGGGCAUUCCUAACCCUGUUGGUGGCCACCACCUAAUAAGGCCCCUGGGUUCAGAGCAAUUGCUUUCUCAUUCAACUAGCUCUCAAAUGCUACAGCAAAUAACAAGGUUUCAAUAGUGAUGAUCGUAGUUCUUGGCUUCAAGCUGUUUGUUUUAACGGCCUCUAUAUUGGUUGGAAGAGUUUGCUUGCUGUAACAGAGUAGCUUACAAGGGAAUUGUAAUUAUUCAGUUUUUAGGUAUGAAUUAGGUGUUAAAGUAUCCCCAGUAACUGGCAACAUCCUCUUCCAUCUCCUCAAUAGUCUUCCCCUUUUAUCUUUUUUCCACUGUUUGAGCCAAUUUUAUUAUGGAUUUGUAUUGUUGCCUGCCUAGUUCAGUUGUAAUUUAAGCAUGCUUUAUUGAUUGGAUUUACUUGUUAUUUAUUUCUGAUUAAUCAAUUAAUUAAUAUGCAAAACUGGUGUAAAGAUCUCAAGUUCUAAA